CACCUCCGCGCGGCGCUACGGCGGCUGCGAAGGGGACGGCCGGCGGUGCGCGCGCAGGAGGGUCUCAGGGCCGCCUCGGGAUGGCCUGAGGGGAGAGCGGAGCGUCGCCGAGAGAAGGAGCGAGGAGUGGUCGCGGGGGCCCGGUAAGACCCGAGGCCUACUACGGGAGAGAGAGAGAGAGAGCCCGGUUCUGGGGGGGCGGGGGGUCGCUGAGGGGAUGUCGUUGCCAUGGCGACGGGAGGGGUCCUCCGUGACAGGAAUGCGGCGGUGGGGGGAGGGGCGUGGCGGCAAACGGGGGGGGGGAGGCGGGGGAGCCGCGCAACAAAAGGAAGGCCUCGCCUUAAAGGGAUCGCCUGGCUUUAAAAAUGGCCGGGGGGGGGCGCCGCCGGUUUCGGCCCCUGAGGCCCACGGAGCGGGGGGGGAGGGGCAGCCGCCCGGGGGGCGACGGAGCCCCCCCCCGGAUCGGAUUCCCCUCACAGUCGGGCUCCUUCUCGGCCGUAAGAAUCGAGCUCCGUCUCCUCCCUCCCCGCCGAGGCGCCUCUCCUCUGCCUUGGAAGCGGGCGGCCCCCGCGGCAUCGCCAGGCCGGGCUGGCAGGGAGGGAGGGAGAGAGACAGGAGGCCUCCUCCCGGCGGGACACCGGUGCCUGGAAGAGAAGCGGGUCCGAUUCGGUGUCGCAGCUGCCGCCGGUCGACCGAUCGUCGCAGAUCGGCUUACGGUCCCCGAAACGCAGAAACACGUAGCCUAAGAACAAAGCGAUAAACCCCACCCCGCGGUUGCAAAGGCCCCACGCGUUGUAUAAUACCAAGCGGAGGCCCGGGAGGAGAGGAAUCAUGCCCGAUCGCCUAAAGGUGUCCCCGGGAGAGCCGCCCACCCAAACCGGGAGCCUCCCGGGGUGGGGAGAGCAUCACACAAGCGCAGAAAAGGCCCGAUCUCGAUUACCGCAGCUCCCUAUGUUCCUCUCUUGCACGCCAAAAUGGCUUCUACAGGUAGAAAAUCAAACCAUUUUAUCAACGUUGCUUUCCUUUCUUUUUUUGUAAAUAAAUUUUUAUUAAUUUUCACAGGCAGUAAACAAUAAGGAUGCAAAAAUCAAAGCACAAUCUAACAUUUGAACUUCUAAUAAGGGAUUCUACUAUUUUGCGAGUCUUCUUUUGAGGCUCUUUAAACCUCAAGACCUCCUUCCACCCGCUUCUACUGGUUCUUUACAUCUUACACCAUUCUCUGCAUUUUGUUAUCAUUUUUAUCCAAUUGUUACUCCCUAACAUUUUCUAGUACCUUACUGCUUAUCAGUGUUGCUUUCAAUGCUAUAACCCACCCUGGGACCUUAUGGCAAAGGGCAGGUAAUAGUAAUAAGUAAAUAAAAAUAAGAAUGCACAAUAUCAAAUCCAUUGGGGCACGAAAAGCAUUCAUAUAUAUGUAGCUGUUGAGUACUAUCUUAGAAGAGGCAAAAGAGAGAGAAAGAAAUCCUUUCUGUCAUGGUGCUGAGACAGCCUGGAUUGCCAACAGGUUUACUCUGAUCUCCCAGAGAUCAUCUGCCACCAUGACCAAGGUGAUUUUCAUUCUGAAACCAGGCUGGAAGCCAGCCUGGAAUGAAUCCAAAUAAUCAGUGUCAUCCAGGACUGUCCGAAACUGGAACAGCAUGACUGAUGCUAAUACCUUAAUUAAGAACAAUAAAUUUGACACGAUAAUUGUUCAGGUCAAUAGUGUGGUUAUUUUAUAUAUAUAUAUAUAUAUAAAAGGAGCUGGAACACCUCUUGCCUUCAGGGCAGACAGAAGCACCCAGAUUUGACAAACUCCCUACAGGUAAUUGCAACAAUGGACCCCUCCUUUUUGGCAAAUGAGGGAAUAAUGAAAGCUUUCAAAGUUUGUGAUUUCAAGAGAUUGAGCAUGCUACCCCUUUUCAGUUACCUAUGCUGAUUAGAUCUCCCUUGUCUAUAUCCAAAUGGAGUGUGCAUCCACUGCACUAUCAGCACGAUACGAUACAAUAUCUUUAUUGUCAUUGUCCCAUACAGAACAAUGAAAUUGAAAAAUCUACAUAAGACAUUCAAAAAACCCUAAAAACUCUGAAACCCCAUUUUAAAAUACAAUAUACUCCUAUAGAGACUCCUUAUACUGCGUUUAAAACCAGAAUUGCAUUUGGGUAGAAACUGUUUCUCAGGCGGCUAGUACCAUCUUCCAGAAGGCAGAAGCUGAAAGAGAUCAUUUCUGGGGUGCGCACUAUCCUGCUCUAUCUCUGCAGCUUUCUUAUGGCACCUGGAAGCAUAGAUUUGAUCUAAGGUGGAAAGAGUGCACCCAGUUAUUCUCCUCAGUCUUUACAACCCUGGACAGCAUUGUUUUUUCCCUGGCUGUGCCGCUCCCAAACCACACACAGAGACCAUAAGUUAAUACACUCUCCACAAUACAAUGGUAAAAUGCCACCAACGGGUCCUUUGAGAGAUUGUUGUCUCCUCCCCGGGGCACAAACCUGGGCAGUGAGUAUGGAGGUCCUGGGCUACCCAGACAACAAGACCCCUCUCUCAGCCUUGCUGAUGUGGUCCACAGGAAAGCAGAGCAUUACGUUUGGUACCAGCUUGGCUGCAAAGUUCCUUGAUGGAGGCGUACAAGGCGCCAUCCAACCGUCUUAGGGACUCCACUCUGGAUUUUUGUAGGGUUUACUCUUGAGCCUUUUUUUCUCCCAAAGAUAUCCCUCAAGGCAGCAGAGGUUUAGGAUCAGAUUUUGCCUUCUCCUAGAUGGUCUACUCUCCCAGGUGGCUGACCCCCAACCGCCCCUUACAACCCUCUGCUCAAUGUGCAGAAACUGCUUUGUUAACUGUUGGAGCCCCUGUUGGUUUUGUCCUCUCAAUCCACCAAAGCCUAUCUUUGCAUCCAGGGGGAGUAGCUAACUCACCAAGGGUUUGAGACCCAUCAGCUACCCUCAUCUGAUUUAGCCGGCUGGGUCCCUUCUAACGCUACAAUUGUAGGAAGUAGAUGAGGUUAAUUAAAAACAAGGCUGGGGGAGGGAUAUAGUGGGUGGAACUCGAUUCACUCUGUUAGUCUUCAGCAUUUGUGGUUGCUGAAAAAACUGAAAGCAUUCUCCCCCCCCCCCAAAAAAAAAACCUGCGAGGGCCUAAAUACCAGUAAUUAGAAAUAAGAGGGGAGGGAAUCAGAUCAGAGGCUGGAUGCUUUUGCUUGAUGGAAUUCCUACUUUAGGCUACUAAUUUAAAUUGUAACACUUUUUUGUAAAAUUGUAUGCAUUUCUAAUUAAAACCCAAUGGUUGUCUUUCAGCUGGCUGAAUAUCAUUUUUUAAAAGAAAAAAAUGUUCAGUGUGUUUUUCAAGUUUAUUAAGAAACCCUUUCCCCCCUGUUCUUCAUUAAAAACUGUUCCACGAUGCCUACACUAAAAAACAAAAUAGUUCCUAUUGUCAGGCAUGACAUAAAAGGGAAGAGGAGGAAGAAAAAGCACUUAGGCUUCAGUCAUUGAUCUGCUGGAAUGGAAACAGGUAGCCAGGUGGAAUGGCUGCUUCAGGCUGAAGUUCUGAAGGCAGGUGGUUUCUCAGCAGUGCUGAUGGGGCAAUCCUGCUUCCCUCCUCACCCUCUGCUCUGCAGCCUAAUGGCAUGGAAGUUAAUAAAGCACCUCUGAGCUCAAUGGUUCUUAUUCUCAACACAACAUCCCUAGCCAUGCUCCAAAAACCUUUAGUCUUGAUGGUGCCAUAAGACGUUUACUAGCCAAAAAUCAGCAUUUCCCCAUAGUCUGAUGUUUGUGCCAGAAAACAAGAGUGUCAGUAGUUCAUUUAUAUCAGUUCAAAUAAUGGAUCAUAUAUACUUGAGAAGGGGGAAAUCUUAAAAAUUUGGAAGGGAGAAGUAAUGUCAAGUCCAGCCAUAAUUUGUAGACCCCUUGAACCACCCCAUCCUUCAAGGAAUCAUUCAUAACUUCUGGUACAGUGAAAGUGGUAGCUCUCAAACCUCAAAGCAGCUUAUCUCUGGGUGGCAUACUUGCCCAUAAUAAUCUGACAAGAAGGCAUCUGGUUGCAUUUGUCUCUGACCUUCAUAACAGUACGUUUCUGAGCACAAUUCAAAGUGUUGGUUCUGACCUUUAAAGCCCUAAACGGCCUUGGUUCAGUAUACCUGAAGGAGCGUCUCUACCCCCAUCGUUCUGCCCGGACACUGAGGUCCAGCUCCGAGGGCCUUCUGGCGGUUCCCUCACUGCAAGAAGCCAAGUUACAGGGAACCAGGCAGAGGGCCUUCUUGGUAGUGGCACCCGCCCUGUGGAACGCGCCCUCAUCAGAUGUCAAAGAGAAAAACAACUACCAGAUUUUUAGAAGACAUCUUAAGGCAGCCCUGUUUAGGGAAGCUUUUAAUGUUUGAUGGACUACUGUAUUUUAGUGUUUUGUUGGAAGCCACCCAGAGUGGCUGGGGAAACCCAGCCAGUUGGGCAGGGUAUAAAUAAUAAAUUAUUAUUAUUAUUAUUAUUAUUACUACUACUACUACUACUACUACUACUACGGUGUCUAGAUGCAAGCACUUGAUUGACAAAGUGUAAAAAUGAUGUUGACCACAGCAGGCUCAAGUAUGUGGUUGAUUCCUUUUGCUUACUUGAAGUAGACCCCCUUAUCACUUGAAGGAACUCUGCUGGCUGGAGGAGAGGUGGGCUUCAGCACCAUCAUAACCACAAAGAUGGCUCUUUAGUGGGCUCGAGUCUGUGUUUUUUGGGGGGUUAUCCUUUUUUUACUCUUCCAUUUUUGCACUAAUGAUCAACCCAACCGUUUCUUUGCCCUCAAAGUAACACAGCACUAAGAUGAGACUGUGGUUGGGGUGAAGACACUUGGGAGUAGUUGACCAAUGCCAUCUCAUUUCCAAGACAUGCAUAUAUCAAUUUAUCUUUUCCAACUUGAAACAAUGCUUAUGGUGGUUUAUAACAUGUAAAAAAUUACAUCAUUACAAACAUAAGAAAAGUAGUCAUAAUAACCUCAAAAAGUACAUAACCAAAGUGGACAAGAGAGCCUAGGCAAGACCCUCAGCUAUUAACCAGAGGAAAAUUCCCCCAGAGACAGCAGGAAACCACACAUGAUCCAUAAGUCUCUGAGAGCACACUGUCACACUUCACCCCUGUGAAGGUUGGAGACUGCAUACAGUCCAAAUCUGACACAGUGUUGGAGCUGGGGUGGGUGUUCAUUAUUGUGGCAGCUGGUGCAGUAUGGAAGUUCCAAGAUCCAUCGUCAUUUUUGAAACUCAUUGAGUAGCCUUGCACAAGUCAGUUUCCCAGCCAGUGCUUCUGUAGAGGUAAAAGGUGUAGGGAGGCCUUUUUAAUAUGCACUGAAUGUUUGGAACUUUUAUGUUCAAGCGGUGUAUUUUAUGAAAUAAAAAUAAACUCAGUAAUAAAUCUAACAGAAGCUAUUCUUUCCUCAGCUUUCUGGCUUGCCGUCUGCUCAGUCGCUGCCAUGAACUCCCUGGUGUUCCUCUGCUCUCAGAAGGUUGUCGCUGACUUUGAUAGCCUGCAAGAUGCCUUGGGCUUCCUCCCGAAGGAGCUCUACCCCGUCUUGUUCAAAGCGGCCUUCAUGGACAAGAGGACCCUGUCCUUGCAGCUGCUUGUGAACACCUGGCCCUUCCCAGUCCUCAGUUUCCAGAAGCUGCUGCGGAAAUGCCAGCACUGCGAACGGGCCCUGAUCCGGGAGAAGCCCAACAAGUACUGCAUCCAGAUGGUUAUUUCAGGAGUUGUGACAUACCUGAUCAAGCUGCUGGAGAACCGGCGUGGCAGUAAGAGGUAUGUGAUGGUCUAUGUAAUUCGCUUUACGCGGGGCUGCCCUUGAAGCUGUCCCAGAAACUCCAGCGGGUGCAGAAUGCUGCAGCGAGGCUCCUCACAGGGUCUCUGCCAUGGGAGCAUAUUCACCCAGUGCUUUUCCAGCUGCAUUGGCUCCCAGUGGAGUACAGGGUCAGAUUUAAGGUGCUGGUUUUGACUUUUAAAGCCCUUCACGGCCUAGGACCCUCGUACCUACGGGACCGCCUCUCCUGGUAUGCCCCACGGAGGACCUUAAGGUCCAUAUAUAGCAACACCCUAGAGGUCCCGGGCCCUAAGGAAGUUAGAUUAGCCUCAACCAGAGCCAGGGCCUUCUCAACACUGGCCCCGGCCUGGUGGAAUGCUCUGUUUCUUGAGACCAGGGUCCUGCGGGAUCUGAUCUCUUUCCGCAGGGCCUGUAAGACAGAGUUGUUCCACCUGGCCUUUGGCUCAGAAUCAGUUUGAUUCCCUCCCCCUCUUUCUUUUUCCUUUCUUCUCCUAUGAAGAGAUUGCUCCCUAAUUGUUUUAAUGUUGUAUCUUAAUCUUUUAAAUUGUAUUUUAAUCAACUUGUUUUUAUUAUUGGUUGUUAGCCGCCCUGAGCCCGGUCUUGGCUGGGGAGGGCGGGGUAUAAAUAGUUUAUUAUAAUUAUUAUUAUUAUUAUUAUUAGGCCCCUGGGCGUCUCCUAAAGGGUGUGGGCAGAGGUGGGCAGGGAGAGCUACCUGGGGGGCGGGACUAGGGUUGCCCUAAUGGCUGUUCUUGUUUGGCCUCCCUGGCAGCAAAGGGCCACAGCAGCGGCUGCAGAUUCUCGACAUGACUGGCCUCCAGGACGAAGGGCAGGGCCCAGAGAGCAUGAGUCUCUGGUCCCGGACAGUCACGCUGGCAAAGGCUUGCCUGGACAUCUCCAAGCAGCAAGGCAAGUGGACGAGGCGGACGUCCAAGCGGAGAAAAAGCCCCUACAGCAAACCCCCGGGGCCUCCAGCCCUCCCACCCGUCUCUGUGGACGUUUGGGUGGACCUCUUUGUGAACAGCACCUCCUACGGAGUCCUGAAGGACGCCUUGCAGAUCAACAGCUACAAUGCCCUGCGGCUGAGGUGCCGGGACUUCCGGGCAGAGGAGCUGUCCAUCGCCAGCACCGUGGGGCUGCUGGAGUUCCUGGACCCGGUCGGCGUCCGGCAGGUGGACCUGAGGUUCAACAACCUGGGCCUCUCCGGCUUGCGAGUGGUCCUCCCCCACCUGACCAAGUUCACCAACCUGGCGAGCCUGAAGCUGCCCUACAGCAACGUGGAUGUGAGGCGCCUCACCGUGGGCAUGGAGGGGAGCCUGCAGUACUUUGCCAACCAGCUGAGCCGACUGAGAUGCCUCAAGGAGCUGAACCUGGGGUCCUCCCGGCUGUCCGGCAAGCUGAGGCUGCUCCUAGGGUAAGCGGCUGAAAGGGGGGCUGUGGGUGUGUGUGAGCUUCUGCUAAUACCCUACUUUGUCACACAGGGCAUCGUUGUCGUUUGGCAUUGGUUUCUGUUUUCACGCGAGUAAUAAUACCAACAAUAAAGAGAAAAGAACAAAGCAAAAAAGGAAAGGAAAGCUAUGAGGAGAGAAAAGGGAGUGGUAGAAUUCCAGUAACAGCCUAAUAAUAAUAAUUUAUUUUUUCUACCCCACCCAUCUGACUGGGUUUCCCCAGCCACUCUGGGCAGCUUUCAACAAAAGAUUAAAAAUACAUUAAAACAUCAGUCAUUAAAAGCUUCCCUAAACAGGGCUGCCUUCAGAUGUCUUCUAAAUGUCAUAUAGUUGCUUAUUUCCUUGACAUCUGAUGGGAGAGCGUUCCACAGGGUGUGUGCCACCACCGAGAAGGCCCUCUGCAUGGUUCCCUGCAACCUCACUUCUCGCAGAGAGGGAACCGCCAGAAGGCCCUCAGAGCUGGACCUCAGUGUCCGGCUAGAUCAGGGGUCUGCAACCUUUAAGACAAAAAGAGCCACUUGGACCCGUUUCCGAAGGAAAAAAAAACUGGGAGCCGCAAAAUUCGUCAUUAAAAAAAUAACUUUUUUGUCACUUUUUCUUAUUAUUUCUUUGUUUGACCCCUCAGAAUUACUCCUCCUCAUAGAAAUAAACGUUAAAUUAACAAGUUACCUUUUCGUGUGUGUGUGUUCUUCACUCCCCUUCAAAACAGUGACCAGCGUACAUGCCCCUUACAAUGUAGCGGGCGGGCGGGCGGGAAGGUGACGUCGGGACGGUGCGUGACUAACGCACGCCCCGCCCCCAUGUGACGUCACAGCCAGUACAGCGCCCGCCACAGUGGGGAGUGUCGGGGCGCACAAUGCGCCUCCUCCCCUCGCUAGUAUCCGCCCUGGAGCCGCGGCAAAGGUGUAAAAGAGCCACAUGCGGCUCCGGAGCCGCGGGUUGCAGACCCCUGGGCUAGAUGAUGGGGGUGGAGAUGCUCCUUCAGGGAUACUGGGCAGAGGCCGUUUAGGGCUUUAAAGGUCAGCACCAACACUUUGAAUUGUGCUCGGAAAUGUAUCACUGUCCUUAAGUAUAUUAAUCAAUAAUGUUUUUCCGUAGGAGUCCAUUGCACACAGGGCAUAGUUAGGAGAGUAUGGAGCUCAGUCCCCCAGGAGGCAGUGAUGGCCACAAACCUAGCUGGCUUCCCUGUACAGGGAAGUGUUUUAGGUCUGAUAUUUUACUGCGUUUUUAUAUUUUUCUGGAGCCACCCAGAAUGACUGGAGUGAACCAGUCAGAUGAGCAACAAAUCAAUAAUAAAAUUACUAUUAUUACUAAAAGACGAAUAGACAAAUUCAUGGAGGAGGGAGCCAGUGUGGUGUACUGGUUAAGAGCAGGGGACUCGUAAUCUGGGGAACCGGGUUUGCGUCUCCGCUCCUCCACCUGCAGCUGCUGGGUGACCUUGGGCUGGCUAGUCACACUUCUCUGAAGUCUCUCAGCCUCACUCACCUCACAGCGUGUUUGUUGUGGGAGAGGAAGGGAAAGGAGAAUGUUAGCCGCUUUGAGACUCCUUAGGGUAGUGAUAAAGCGGGAUAUCAAAUCCAAACUCUUCUUCUAUCAAUGGCCACCAGCCAUGAUGGCUAUGCUCUGCUUCCGUAGUUGGAGGCAGCAAUGUUUCUGAAGACCAGCUCCUGAAAGUCACAGGAGUAGACAGUGCUCUUUUCUUUGAGUCCUCCUUGCUGGUUUCCCACAGGCAUCUGGUUGGCCACUGGGAGUACAGAAUGCAGGACUAGAUGGGCCACCUUUGGCCUGAUCCAGUAGGCUCUUCGUUCCGUUUUUAAGCAUCCACUCUACAGAUCAUGCAUUCAGAAGUCCAGUAGGCAGACCACGAUUUAAAACUGAUUAUGAAGAUAGGUAGCUGUCUUUCCCUGAACCAGACCCCUCGUCCAACUUGCUCUGUAUUGUCUAUACCAGGGUAGCCAACCUGGUGUUCUGCAGGUGGUGUUGAGCUCCCAGCACCCAUCAACCCAGCCAGGGCAUUUUGGGAGUCGCAGCCACUGGAGGGCAUCACUUUGCCUUACACUGACUGGCAGCAGCUUUCCAGGAUUUCAAGCAGGGCAUAGUCCCAGUUCUACCUGGAGAUACUGGGGAUUGUUGAGCCCUUGAGCCUUCUGCAUACAAAACAGACACUCUGCUGCUGGGCUGCAGCCUUUCCCUGCUUUUCUUUUCCACCUCCUUAACACUGCUGACUCCAUGGCGCAGCAGCCUCUCUUUUUUAAAAAAAAAAUUAAUUAUUUUUCUCCUUAAACAAUAUUUUCAACAGUACAAUAACAUACACAUUUACUUUCAGCUCUGCCGAGCCUGUGGCUUCCCUCCCUUCAGCGGGUUUUCCACUUUCAACUCCUAUCUCACAGUUUAGCUCUUUAACCUAUUAUCCACAUUGUAGGAUUUAUGUCACUAGUCCUGCUGAUUUUUGCAAUUAUUAUUCAAAUAUACAAUAAAUUUACUCCAGUCCCUUUGAAAUUUUUGAUUGUCCUGGACUCGAAUCCUGCAGGUCACUUUGGCCAAUUCUGCAAAGCCCAUCAUCUUUGCCUGCCACUCCUCAGUCAUUGGUAAUUCCUGUAACUUCCACUUUGGGGCGUUAAAGCAACCUCUUGAGGUGAAGCGUCAGUUUCAAGACUGGUUUGGCGCGACACGUGAAAAUUCAAAAAGAGAGAACACAAAUAUACCUGUAGUUUGCUCCGCACGUGCUUGUGUGGAUUCUUGGUUCUGCACGCUGGUCCCUCUUUAAAAGGAGGCUCAGUUUCCAGGACCCAAAAGUUUGCAAGUUGUGUCAUUAGCAGUGGCUGAGAUAAAGCCAUUUAUUUAUAGCUAUCAGAAGUUCCAACCCGCAAAGAAAAAAGUCACAGUGUAAAGAGGGAUUUCAGCCCUUUUCCAGAAUACUCCAUGUCACUCUCGCCUCCCUCUGGUUUCUGUUGUCUCCCUCUUCUCCACCAGGCACUCAUCCAGCACUCCACUCACAGUUUUUUCUCGGGGGGGGGGGGAGAAGUUGGUGCUUCUGCAGACUUUGGAGUGCAUGAAAUCCACUGAUACCUUCCUCUUACGCAUCCGUGGUGGCCUUUUGGCUACUGUUGUGGAACUUCCUCCGUAUGGAAGGAAAAACUGUCCACACACAUUAAUGACAUUUGACAUCCUUUGAAGGCACACCUGUUUAUGCAGCCUGUGUGGGGAGGUGUGUGAAUGAAUGAUCACUGGAGCUCCUUUUCCUGGACUGUUUUUCUGGGUAUUCACUGAACUUCUCAGUCAGUGUUCGAAACUCCCAUUGUUCUAGGCACAUUUUGCGACAGGGAAUUUCAUUAGUGCGAGCAGUUUCUGAGCUCUGCGCACAGUACUGCGCCUAAGAUUUCAGAGUAAAACUGCAGAGUGGAAGAAAAGGAGGACUUUUUCUGCCUCCCCACUUCCAACUACUCUGUGAAGACGAGACCCUCUGAAGAAUAUUAGGCGGGUGGGCAGGGGAAGGACCAGACCAUGUGAAAAAUGAACAUAAUAUGUAAUGUCUCACAACAAAUUAAAUUGAUACGUAGAAAACGCAACUUGAAAAAAAUGUAUUUUUGUAAACUAAGGAAUUUUUAAUACAAAUAUUUUUAAUGAACAUAAUAUUUUAGCUGCAGUUGAUUCAUUUUCAGCUUUGUAUUCUUGUUAUUUAACAAGUGCGCCUAGACAUUCCAUUGUUGUGCCCAUAACCUAGGUUUAAGGUGCCAUUUAUCUCCUAGCUUUCAUAUCUCAGUUUCUAACACUGUUCUCAGUGUUGAACUGUAUUUACUAAGCUGAAGUUUUGUUUACGUAACCCACUCAUGAGAUCUUGCAUAAAGAGCAGUAUGUAAGUUGGAUAAGUAAAGAAGGAUCAACACUCAGAGAAGGAACUGGCUGGCUACGGUGUGAGUGGUCUAGAUCCCACCCCCACCCCACCCCAAUUCUUGUCAAAAGGCUCCUAGGGUACUUAUGCUAAAUAACAAAAAAAAAUCCUGUCCUCAGGCUUGCAGUCUAAUAUGACAGGACACAAAAGGAGAAAAGGAAGGUGAGAGAGAAAAGUUGCUAGCUUGCAAGUAAAAAUACUUCAAAUGUUUGAAAGUAAUCAGGGGCUGAAUUAGCUGGAGAGCGUGUUGAGUGUGUGUAACGGUGGCCCUUUUCCUGUCUCCACAGUGACUUGCAAAGCCCUUUGGAGAGCCUGGAGCUGGCCUUCUGCUACCUUCUGCCCAACGACCUGGCCUACCUUUCCCAAAGCCUCCACACUCCUGCCCUGAAGAAGCUGGACCUCAGCGGGAACAACCUCUCUGACUGCCUCCUGCAGCCUUUCCAAGGCCUGCUGAUGGAGGCCGCCCCGACCCUCCUGCACCUGGACAUCAUGGAGUGCCGCAUGAUGGACACCCACCUGAACGUCCUCCUGCCGGCCAUCUGCCGCUGCUCGCGGCUCCGCUACCUGGGCGUGUUUGGCAACCCCAUCUCGGCCAAAGGACUGAAGAACCUCCUUCACAAGACGGUGGGCCUCUUGGACUUGAAGCUGGUCAUCUACCCCUACCCGGUAGACUGCUAUGGGGAUGACCUGCCGUGGCCCCCCACUUCUUCCAACCUCCUCAACGGCAACGUGGACGAGGAGAAGUUCUUCCGGGUCAGCAACGAACUCCAGCAGAUGCUGCUGAGCGCCAAUCGGGCAGACGUCACCUGGACCACGAACCUCUGCCGCCACAAUAGUCUGGACUUCUUUAGUUUAUAGCCCCACGCGCAUCUCCUGCCAAGAGACAAGGAAUGGGGCUUGUCCUCUCCUGCUGCCACUUGCCUGCCAACGCUCCCUGUCUUGCACCGUACUGCAGUGGGCCAGUGCUGACUGCCUUACCUGCCCUGCUGCAUCUCAGCCAGAAAGAUCCACCUGGGAGAGCCUUGCAAACAGCACCUUGAGCGGCUGUCUCUGCUCUCUUUCCGGCAGAGACUGAGAGUGUUUGGAGGCACCAUAGUCUUGCUCUGCUCUUUCUUCCUGCCAGGAGAAGGAUGCAGCUGCCUUUGCCUGCUUGCGCUCAACCUUAAAGGGGCAGGCAGGCAGACAGGCAGACGAGCCUUGCAUUCUUUCCAGUCAGUGGAAACAGCGCUGUAAUGACUACGGAAGGAGGGAACAGGCAGGCAAGUGGUGGCCAGGAGAGAGGAGCGGAUGAAAUCUGCCCUGGUGUGGUGGCGAGUGGCGGAUGGGUAUUUCUGUUAACAUAGGACGGCCAGCAGUGAAUGCCAGGUCAAAAGCACGUGAGCCCUUUCUGGUGCAUGUAAGAAUACCGGGGGUUAGGUUUUGGAUUUUUUUUUUCUCCCCCAAACAUCUAUUUUGUAACAUCUUAGUUAGAGCUUAGCAAAGUGGAUAUUACCGCCUCUCCUUCUGUGUGUUUGAUGGGAUUGCCAGAGGUCAUUUGGGUGGGUGCCUUUGAAAUGAUUUGGUCCCUUUCAAGACUUGACAGGAGCGGGAAGUUUGUCAAUCCAGAACCUGGAAUAAGGCCUAAAUAUUGUAAGGGCCGAAGGAAGGGGAGGUGAGAUUAUAUACAGAGAACUUUGGGACCUGAAAUAAAAGAUGAUUUGCCUGAGAGCAA